UGUGAGUGUCUCGCGCUCCCGACGGUGGAGUGAAGUGCACUGAUGGAGCGCGAGCGGCUUUAUUAUAGCUCACUGGGCGCGCGCACUCACUUUAAUUUCAAAGGGUGAAGUUGACGUCACCUCAGGUCCAAAGAAGUCUAUAGAAAGAGACAGCGCAACAUUUCCCAGGCUUCAUUAUUUUUCGAGAGGGCAAGUGAGGAUUAUAAUGGUCAUCAGAGUCUAUAUCGCCUCCUCGUCCGGGUCUGUCGCGGUGAAGAAACGGCAGCAGGCCAUCGUGGGCUUUCUGGAGGCCAACCGGAUCAGCUUUGAGGAGGUUGACAUCACCAUGCUGGAGGAUCAGAGGUUCUGGAUGUACCAGAAUAUUCCUGAGGAGAAACGACCCGAAAAGGGCAACCCUCUCCCCCCUCAGAUCUUCAAUGGAGACGAGUACUGCGGCGAUUAUGAAGAUUUCUUCCAGUCUAAAGAGACGAACACAGUGUUCUCAUUCCUCCGCUUGCCCUCCGUACAGGCCUCUGAAUCCUAAACCAUGUCAUUGACAUUUCCAUAGAUUGAAACACUGUGGUUUUGCCUCUUUCUCCUGUGAUGUAACUCUUGUUUCCUGGUCUGAAGCCCUCACUGCCAGCAAUACAUUCUGCCAAAACACACGCUGCCCUCCGGCCCAGCUAUUCCUAAGAAACGUCUGCUCAUUCAAACACACAAUACACAGGGUGGUUACAAAUGUUUUCUAUGGCCUAAUUAAUUAUUUAUAUGUGUUACUGUUAUGUUUGUUGUACAUGUGUUGCAUGAAAAACCUAUUCUUUUAUAAACUGGAUACAAGGAUGGGAGUGAACUUAUACCUGUAUGUUUGUGUGUCUCUGUGUGUUUAAGACUUGUGUUGUUGUAAUCUACACAAAAAGAAUCAUAAGUAUGCAAGGUUGCAUGUAAAAGUCUCUUGUAAGUCGUUCUUAGUUAAGGAGCUCAGUCAGAUGGCCAAAAGGAAAUGUAGGGAUACAGCAAAAGAAUCUAGGCUUUGAUCUGUUUGUAAAAAGAGGUUCAGACCAGAAGCCAAAACGGACUCAAAACAGGAAAUAGAAUCCUUAAGAUCUCAGCGUAACACUACUGAUCUGAGCUCAGUGUUUCCACACAUCAUAUUGGCUUUUCUGAGUGUAAAACUGGUCCUAAAUCAGUCUUUGAACACUUAUUGGAAUUUCAGAUCUCAUUCCUACAGCCUUUUGUUCCUUCUGGUGAAAAAAAAAAAUGCUAAAGAAUGUGUGUCUUGUUUGAGGUUAUCUCAGUCUUUCCUCUUCAAUUGUCUGUUAAUGUGUGUUUUUCUUCUCAGGGGUAUGUUAGCAUGUAGCACACUGUGAUGCCUCGACUUUCAGCUCACCUGUUUAUGUAGCUUAUAUAGUCACUUAUAUCAUACAAUGCUGGUGAGAAUAUAGGUUUACUCACAAAGUUGGUUUUGUGGAACAUGUUUUUAUGGAACAACUCACUAUUUUUUUUCCGCAAACGACUGCCAUUCUCCUCCAAAAACCCCCCAAACCAAAACAUAGACACUCUCCCAAACCUACUUUCUCUGCAUUUUCAUUGACUAUUCAUUAUGAUGUUCACUUCUUGCUCCGCUCCUCCCACCCUUUCAUUAAAUGAUUCCACAUGAACGAGCACUGCAUUUAUGUUUACGCGCACAUACACACACCAUUCUCAGGACACAAUUAUAUUUUAUGCCCAUUUUGUCUUACACAAACACAUACACACACACACACACACACACAUUCUGUAAAACAGAGUCAUUCCUUUUAUGUACAAGUUACUGUUGUUUACUUUCAUAAUCUAAAUAAAUAAAUUAAUCUAAUUUGUAAUAAAGUAUAUUCAAAUGCU